AACAUACAUGCGAAAAAUAAUACAAAUUCCUAAUAAUAUCCCACUAAUAAUUAAAAUACUAACUACUAAAAUGAAAUGUACGACGUAAUAAUACAUUAUAACUAUUAUUACUUAUAUUAUUUAGCUUUUCCUUUCAACAGAAACAACAAGUAAAAAGACGGUAAUAACCACAACAACAACAACUACAACAAAAAAAGAGCAAAACUAAAUAAAAUCUACUAACAUUUUUAAGCGCCAUUUCUUGUAUUACCACCCAUUGUUGCUUAAAUGCGGUCCUACAGAACACUUCACGCCUAAACUUAAAUAGCCUUGUAUGGGCGCCAAAACUCCCUAAGGAUAUUUUAACAACGUAUUUUUUUUUUGUUUGUAACAAUAUCACACAGACAGACAGACAUACUCCUUCCUAUACACAUGUAAAGGCAUAAAAUCGAGCAGGACAAAGAGAACAACAGAAGCAGCAGUCGCAACAUUAAGUAUUGUCUAUGGACCUUUUAACUACUCGUACAGUGUGUUCAACCUAAAUUCUUUAAACACUCCUUUUAUAGAAUUAAAUUGCAUUAAAUAUAGAAGCAGAGCCAGCAACACACACACAACACAACACAACCCAUAAUAAAAAGAAAUAUAUCCUUUUGAAAAGUUUAUACUCCAUCAUAAAAGAGAAACAAAAAAAACUGCAAAAAUAAAGUCUUUAAAACGGUGACAAUAUCCGAUUUCUUUAGCUGCUCUUCUUCCCUGCUUCCGGUGGCCAAGUGAAGAAGAAAAACAUGAAUGCCAGUCUUAUGUAUGAGAUUCUCAUGUAUUUAAAUUCAUUCUACUUCGGCCUUUAUGCCGCUUUCAAGGUGUGCAUUAGUGUGUUGAAGCCCAUAUAUUUGCAAUAUGCUGAGAAUGUUUUGACACGGGAGGCGAGUAUUUUACUGGCCUUGUGCAUUUUGGAAACGAUACGCAUCAUAUUGGGUCGACGGAGUAGUUUAAGUGAUCGUGCUUGGCAAGCGAUAGCAUCUGUAAUAUUAACACUGCCCAGUCUUGCUAUUGUUAUUUAUUUAUGUUGUUUUCAAACCUAUGUUCUCAAACUUGAAAUUAUUAUGAGUGCCUUAAUGAUAGCCCUACAAGGUGCUGAACUAGUGUUUGCCUGUAUAUUUAUUUGUACCAUGUGUCGUCCGGUCACAUAUACCUAGCAGUUGAUUAUUUUAACCUCACCAACAUCAACAGCAGCAACAUUAUCGCCAUCAUUAUUAUCAUCAUCACCAUCUGAAAUUUUAUCAUCGCCAUUACCAAUUACCGAGGACUACUUCGUCUCCUACAUCAUCGUUAUCAUCUACUUCCUGGAACAACAACAAUCGAAACUGCUACGUAAAUGCCGUCACAACAACUGCAACAAAUACUACAACUACUACUACUAUUACAUCGUUAACAUUUGUAAUAUAACCGUUAUAAAUAAUAGCAACAACAAAAAUAAUAACAGCAGCAGCAACAACAACAACAACAUCUACAAUAAUAACUACAACAAUCCAUAUAUAAAUAAUGAACCUUUUAAAAUCAACAACAACAACAAAUACAACUCCGACUAUAAUAAAAAUCGAAUCACAUUUAAUAGAAGCGACAAGCCACGAAGUUGAAGUU